AAAUUGUUAGAAAACAUUACCUCUUACCAUUUCUUAAGAAUUAAUUAAAAUGGAUGCCGAAUUAAAGCAACAAUAUGAUGAUAUGGGUGUUGAGCCCUCACAAGAUGCGGUGGACAGAUCUGUCGAACUUUGCAUUACCUAUCAUAUUGAUGAUGCGGCCGAAUUUGUUGAGCAAUGGAUGGCAUUCAGCAUUUCCCAUUUGAAUGGUGCCGAACCCACUAUAGAGCAUCUUAAUGAAUUCGAACGUAAAGUUUUCCUAGCUAAACGUGAAAAAGAACUUUUUGCUGCUAACAAGAAAAAAGCUAACAAAUUGCCUUCGGCCAUUGCCAAUCUUACACAUUUAAAUGCCAUUUCGGCUAGCAGUGCCAAUCCUCUGGCCAUGUACGGUGUUGAGGAUGAUAUGAUAGAUGAUUAUAUGCCGGAUAUGAUUGGGGCCGGCACUAGCAGUAGUAUAACAUUAGAUGAAAGCGAAACCGUUCCGAGCACACCGAGUAUUUUGCAUACUCCUAAGGCUAAAAGUGCCUUGGCCAGAACACCUGCUCGCCACAAUGAUGCCCUCUUCAGUCCUGCUAGUUACUCGCCAAUUGGCACACCACGCACUCAUACAGCUGCUCCAGGCUCUGGUAAAGUCGUUUACACUUUUGGUAAUCCAACGUUAAUCAGCAAGACUCAAUGGUCGCUUUGCACAAAACCAAAAAUAUAUGUUAAGCAGUUGCUGCAACAUAAUGGAGAAUGUCUGGGCAUGAGCUCGAAUGGCAGAUAUAUGUUUGAUAGUCUACGUGAAAAAGCAGAAAUUGCGGGGGAUCGUGUCUUUAAUAUUGGCAGAAGUUUGUGCCAGAAAGUGUUUGGAGAAGAUGCUGAAGAUUAUGCCUUAGCACAAGUGGAUGUGCACUCACAGGAUACGAUAAAAACUAUAGGUACCAUUUUUAGCGACUACGAUGGUCCUUUGGAUCCCUCAUCCACUCUGCUUGUGGGCUCCGAUGAAAUGUCAUGUCGCACAGUGCGCCUAAAUUUUUCUAAAACCAAAUCAGUGGGUGUUUUUCCCGGACAAGUUGUUAUGGUCUCUGGCAUGAAUCCGAAAGGAGAUAUUUUCAUGGUUGAAGAAUUGUUUACAGAACAAGAUCUUAAGCCACCAACACCACCAUCUAUUGCCGAACAAUUAUGUUUUGUUAUUGCUGCCGGACCUUACACCCAAGAUGAUGAUUUAGUCUAUGAUCCUCUGCAAGAUUUGGUGGUUUAUCUAAAAGAUCAUAAACCGAAUGUGUUAAUUCUGUGCGGACCAUUUAUGGAAGCAGAACAUAAACUUAUUAGCGAUAAUGUAACAUUAGCGGAAACAUUUGAAAUUUUCUUUGAGAAGAUGAUUACAGGCAUUGUUGAAGCUGUUGGUGGUGAUACUACAAUUUUAGUUGUUGCAUCUCAUCGUGACGCUAAUACAGACUGUGUGUAUCCAACAAUGCCAAUAAGUCUUAAGAAAAUAUUUCCAAAUGUUCGCAUGUUACCAGAUCCUUCAUUAAUUGAUUUAAAUGGCUUGACCAUUGGUAUGACAUCUACAGAUAUCUUGGAUCACAUAUUUUACAAUGAGUUGCAGAUAAAUGCUGGUGACAAAGUAAAACGUGCGGUUAAUUAUUUAUUAAAUCAAAAAUCGUUUUAUCCCUUGAGUCCGCCCAAAGAAGAUGAAAUGUGUUACGACAGCUAUCUGGCUAACAAAUUUACUAACAUUGACCAGAUUCCAAAUAUAUUAAUUUUGCCAAGUUCACAAAAAUGCUUUUUAAGGGUUGUUAAUGGCUGUCUAGCCAUUAAUCCAGGACGUUUGGCCGACUGCAGUGGUGGAACCUUUGCACGCUUUAUUAUAGAUCCCCCAACACCAAAAGGAGAACAAAACAUUUAUAACUUUGUAGGUUGCCAAGUACGUAAAGUUUAGUUUACAAAUAUUAAUGUAUACCAAAACUAAAAAAGAAAACUAAACGGACUUAGUAUUUUAACUAUAAGAACAAAGCAUUUUUCAAAGUUUUUAAAUACAUUCAAAGUUUUUAAAU